AUGGCAGAAGAAACUGUUACCAGAUAUCGCAUAGGCUACGCAUUGGAACCACAGAAAGUGCACACUGUCAUUCAAUCCUCACUUAUUAUUCACGCUAAGAACCGAGGCAUCGAUCUGGUUCAAAUCGACCUUAGCAAGCCAUUAAUCGAUCAAGCCCCAUACCAUUGCAUCAUCCACAAGCUUUACGGCCCAGAAUGGUGCAGACAAUUGCAAGAAUUCUCUUCCCGGAACCCCGAUGUUAUCGUCGUCGACCCACUUGACUCUAUCGACCGGCUUCACAAUCGAAUUUCCAUGCUCCAAGUUGUAAACGAGCUAAAGAUCUGUCAACAACCUGAAAUUUCGUUUGGGAUUCCGAAGCAGAUUUUUGUUGACAAUCUUGCAUUCUUUUAUGAAAUAGAGGGGCUGAAGUUUCCAGUAAUUGCAAAGCCAUUGGUUGCGAAUGGGAGCGCCAACUCUCAUCAGAUGGCCCUAGUUUUUAAUAAGGAGGGUUUGAAAGGGUUAAAACCCCCAAUUAUACUUCAGGAGUUCGUGAACCAUGGAGGACUGAUUUUCAAAGUCUAUGUGGCUGGAGAUCAUGUGAAAUGUGUGAAACGGAAGUCCUUGCCUGAUAUUUCGGAAUACGCAGUGUCAUCAGAGGAUUUGUUGCCAUUCUCACAGAUAUCGAAUCUGAUUGCUCAAGAUCAGAGUGAUGAGAAUGUUGCUAAGUUGAUUGAGGAGGCUGAGAUGCCACCGUCGAGUUUUGUGACUGAAAUAGCUAAUGGGUUGAAGCAUGCUUUGAAACUAAACCUUUUCAACUUUGAUAUGAUAAGGGACAGUAUGGUUGGCAACCGAUAUCUUGUGAUUGAUAUUAAUUACUUCCCAGGGUAUGCGAAUCUGCCCUCAUAUGAGACAUUUUUGACAGAUUUUUUUCUUGAUAUUGUGCAACGGAAGCAGAGUACAAAUUUGGAGAGCAUAGGUGUUUUGGUGGAGCAAGGAUCAAAUUAG